AUGCUCACCGCCAAGGCCAGCAGGACCCCGAAGGACAGCAUGACGCUGCUGCCUUGCUUCUAUUUCGUGGAGCUGCCCAUCGUGGCGUCCUCCGUGGUGUCGCUGUACUUCCUGGAGCUGACGGACGUCUUCAAGCCGGCCAAGGUGGGCUUCCAGUGCUAUGACCGCUCGCUGUCCAUGCCCUACGUGGAGACCAGUGAGGAGCUCAUUCCCUUGCUGAUGCUGCUCAGCCUGGCCUUCGCCGCCCCCGCCGCCUCGAUCAUGCUUGGCGAAGGCCUGCUCUACUGCCUGCAGUCCCGGCUGUGGGGCCGCGGGGCUGUCCCCGGUGGGGCCGAGGGCAGCAUCAGCGCUGGCGGCUGCAGCCUCAGCUCCUUCCUGCGGCGAACCGUGCGUUUCGUGGGCGUGCACGUGUUCGGCCUCUGCGCCACAGCCCUGGUGACGGAUAUCAUCCAGCUGGCCACCGGCUACCAUGCACCCUUCUUCCUCACCGUCUGCAAGCCCAACUACACGCUCCUGGGCACCUCGUGCGAGGCCAACCCCUACAUCACACAGGACAUCUGCUCUGGCCACGACACGCAUGCCAUCCUGUCGGCGCGGAAGACCUUCCCCUCUCAACACGCCACGCUGUCAGCUUUUGCGGCGGUCUAUGUGUCUAUGUACUUCAACUCCGUCAUCUCGGAUGCCACCAAGCUGCUCAAGCCCGUGCUGGUGUUCGCCUUCGCCAUCGCGGCCGGCGUGUGCGGGCUCACGCAGGUCACGCAGUACCGCAGCCAUCCUGUGGAUGUCUAUACGGGAUUCCUCAUCGGCGCCGGCAUCGCCGCCUACCUGGCUUGCCACGCCGUGGGCAACUUCCAGGCCCCGCAAGUUGAGAAGCCGGUCCCGACGGCGGCGCCCAGCAAGGAUGCGCUACGCGCCCUGACGCAGCGGGGCCACGAUUCCGUGUACCGGCAGAGCAAGUCGGCUAGCAGCGACCAGCUGGGUGGCGCCGGGCGGCUGGAGGGCGCACCGCGGCCCGCGGCCCGCGAGAAGACGCCCCUGGGCAGCCUGAAGAGGGCCAGUGUGGACGCGGACCUGCUAGCCCCGCGCAGCCCCAUGGUGAAGGAACACAUGGUCACCUUCAGCAACACGCUGCCGCGGGCCAGCACGCCAUCGCUGGACGAUCCCGCCCGGCGCCACAUGACCAUCCACGUGCCGCUCGACGCCGGGCGCUCCAAGCAACUCAUCAGCGAAUGGAAACAGAAGACGCUGGAGGGCCGCGGCCUGGGGCUGCCCGAUGAAGGCAGCCCGGCGCAUCUGCGCGCGCCUGCGGAGCCCAUGGCGGAGGAAGAGGAGGAGGAGGAGGAGGAAGAGGAGGAGGAAGAGGAAGAGGAGGAGGCGGAGGAGGAGGUGGAAGGUAGCCCGGUGCCGCCCUCUCUGUACCCCACCGUGCAGGCGCGCCCGGGGCUGGGGCCGCGGGUCGUCCUGCCGCCCCGGGCAGGGCCGCAGCCACUGGUGCACAUCCCCGAAGGCGCGGCGCCAGGGGCCGGCCUGUCCCCGAAGAGCAGCGCAGCGGUGCGUGCCAAGUGGCUCCUGAUGGCCGAGAAGGGCGGUGGCACCGCCGCGCCCGCGCCCGGCUCGCAGACGCGCGUGGCCAACCCCCCGCGCCUGCUGCAGGUCAUCGCCAUGUCCAAGGCCUCGGGCGCGUCGGGCCCCAAGGCGGCCGAGACCGCUUCAUCCUCCAGCGCCAGCUCCGACUCGUCCCAGUACCGCUCGCCGUCGGACCGCGACUCGGCCAGCAUCGUGACCAUCGAUGCCCACGCGCCGCACCACCCCGUGGUGCACCUGUCCGCCGCGCCCGCGCCCUGGGAGUGGAAGUCGGCGGGCGGCGGGCCCAAGGGCGCGGAGGGUGAGGGCGCCUACGAGCUGGGGGACCUGGCACGCAGCUUCCGCGGGGUCAAGACUGCCGGCGUGUCCCCCGGCUCGUCCGUCAGCGACGUUGACCAGGAGGAGCCGCGCUUCACCGGCGUGGCCACCGUCAACCUGGCCACGGGCGAGGGUCUGCCCCCGCCGGGCGCGGCCGACGGCGUGCUGGGGCCGGCCAGCCGGGAGUCCACGCUGCGGCGCGCGGCGCUGGGCGAGGCGGCCGAGGCCGAGGGCUACUACCGGAGGGUGGCCGCCCGCCGCUUCCAGGACUGA